CACAACAUGGCGGACUAGAACAGUCGGCCGACGCGCCCGGAUGCAGCGGAUAAACCGUGGGAUUUAACACCCAGGAAGGCUGAAAAAGUACACUGUGACGGGACGAUAAGUUAGGGAGAAUCGCGGAUUUUUGUGUGGGGCGCCGUCCUUUCCUGGAUUUAGUAGAUAAACUGAGUGCGAAGUGUUGGCUGUGUGUCCCAGAUCGUGCUUCCCUCCUCUGCUAUCACCCAGGUCCCCCCACCCCGCUCACACUCUCGGUUCCUGGGGUGUGGAGACAGGGGCCGGGGCUGAAAAACGUGGAAGAGAAAGAGGGGAUAAAUUCCUGCUUGGCUUUGAUUUUUUCCCCCCUCUCCCCCUUACCUCGGGUUUCCUCUGGGCGCUACAGGAGUUGUGGACAACGCUGUGCGAAUGAGUGAUUGAUGCCAACUUCGCGUCUUCAGGGCAGAAUGGGUGUGUGUCCCCUGCUCCUGCUGCUUGGUCUAGCCCUCGGGGCCUCAGCCCAGGAUGAUGUCCCCAUCACAAGUCCUCCAAAUAUCACUGCCAAUCCCACUAAACCCCCCACAGCAGCCUCCCUCAAUUUAACAGUUGCACACACACAAGCCCCCACAGGCCCACCCACAACGCUCGCCCCCACAGUCAUCUCAGCAGCGACAAAGGCAACAGCAACAACCACAAGCCCAGCUGGUGAGGAGGAUGUACAAGGGGCCGGUCCUGAUGGCACCAGGCGUUUAUUACCAGUCCCCGCUCCCUCACCUCCAGCUCCAACUGAUGCCCCUAAGGCACCAGUGAGCACCAAGCCUCCCCCUCCUCCCACCCCGGCCGGGGGAGACAACAAGACCACAAUUUACCCUCUAGACAUCCCAACUCCAGAUUAUCCUUAUGGAGAUGCAUUCACCGUGGAGCCGGAGACCACCACAGAAGCUGGGAUGGGCUUCACUUCAGACACCACCCCACACGACAACGACCCGUCUGAUGACAUGCCAAUCAUAGCCAUCAUGGUGGCGCUGUCCUCCCUGCUAGUCAUUAUCUUCAUCAUCAUCAUCCUCUACAUGCUCAGGUUUAAGAAGUACAAACAGGCAGGGAGCCAUUCAAACUCCUUCAGACUGAACAAUGGCCGAUCUGAUGAUACAGAACUUCAGAGUGUCCCGCUAUUGGCCCGUUCGCCCAGCACAAACAGGAAGUACCCGCCCCUUCCCGUCGACAAACUUGAGGAAGAAAUGAACCGUCGCAUGGCUGAUGACAACAAGCUCUUCAGGGAGGAGUUUAAUGCACUGCCAGUCUGUCCCAUCCAGGCAUCAUGCGACGCUGCUUCCAAGGAAGAGAAUAAAGAAAAGAACAGAUACGUCAACAUCCUGCCAUAUGAUCACUCCAGGGUGCAUCUCUCGUCACUGGAGGGAGUCCCAGACUCUGACUUCAUCAACGCCUCCUUUAUAAAUGGUUACCAAGAGAAGAAUAAGUUUAUUGCAGCUCAAGGGCCCAAGGAGGAAACCGUAAAUGACUUCUGGCGGAUGAUCUGGGAGCAGAACACAGCCACCAUUGUCAUGGUGACCAAUCUGAAGGAGAGAAAAGAGUGCAAGUGUGCCCAGUACUGGCCGGACCAGGGCUGUUGGACAUACGGGAACAUCCGAGUGUCUGUAGAAGACACAAUGGUUCUGGUGGACUACACCAUCCGCAAGUUCUGCAUCCAACAGGUGGGCGAUGUUUCAGGGAAGAAGCCUCAGAGGCUCGUCACCCAGUUCCACUUCACCAGCUGGCCAGACUUUGGGGUGCCCUUCACCCCUAUUGGCAUGCUCAAGUUUCUCAAGAAAGUCAAGAAUUGUAACCCUCAGUUUGCCGGGGCCAUCGUGGUCCAUUGUAGCGCGGGCGUGGGGAGAACAGGUACCUUCAUUGUGAUCGAUGCCAUGUUGGACAUGAUGAUCGCUGAGCGGAAGGUGGAUGUGUUUGGCUUCGUCACCAGGAUCAGAGCCCAACGCUGUCAGAUGGUCCAGACUGAUAUGCAGUACGUGUUCAUCUUCCAGGCGUUGUUGGAGCACUACCUGUACGGAGACACAGAGCUGGAGGUCACUUCUCUGGAGUCGCACCUGGCCAAACUCUACGCCCCCUCACCUGGAGCUGGCUGCAGUGGGCUGGAGGCUGAAUUCAAGAAACUGACAUCCAUCAAGAUUCAAAAUGACAAGAUGAGAACAGGCAACCUGCCCGCCAACAUGAAGAAGAACAGAGUCCUACAGAUCAUUCCAUAUGAGUUCAACAGAGUGAUCAUUCCAGUCAAACGGGGAGAGGAGAACACCGACUACGUCAAUGCCUCUUUUAUCGACGGCUACCGUCAGAAGGACUCCUACAUGGCGAGCCAGGGCCCCCUGCAGCACACCAUAGAGGACUUCUGGAGGAUGAUCUGGGAGUGGAGAAGCUGCUCCAUCGUGAUGCUCACAGAGCUGGAGGAGAGAGGGCAGGAAAAAUGUGCUCAGUAUUGGCCCAGCGAUGGGUUGGUGGUCUAUGGUGACAUUUCCAUUGAGAUUAAAAGGGAGGAGGAGAGUGAGAGCUACACAGUGCGUGACCUCCUGGUCACAAACAACAGGGAGAACAAGGCGCGAGCAGUGCGUCAGUUCCAUUUCCAUGGCUGGCCAGAGGUGGGCAUCCCGACUGAUGGGAAAGGCAUGAUCAACAUAAUUGCUGCAGUGCAGAAGCAGCAGCAGCAGUCUGGCAACCACCCCAUUACUGUGCACUGCAGUGCUGGCGCUGGCCGGACGGGGACUUUCUGUGCGUUGAGCACAGUCCUGGAGAGGGUGAAGGCAGAGGGCAUCCUGGAUGUCUUUCAGACAGUCAAGAGCCUCAGACUGCAGAGACCACACAUGGUGCAGACACUGGAGCAGUACGAGUUCUGCUACAAAGUGGUCCAGGAGUACAUCGAUGCCUUUUCUGACUACGCCAACUUCAAGUAGGGACCUGUCAUGGAUGGAUGGAUGUCUGCAUACACUUCAUACAAGCAUAUGCACGCACCAGAAAACACACACACAUACAUUGCCAUGCAGAAAGCUGCAUAUUCCCAUCUGAUGGAUUUUUAAAAGACUCAUCACAACUUGAUCUGUGGAUGGGAUAAACUGCCUGCAGAAAAAGGGAACAGGAGCCCCGGAGGACAGCGCAGCGCAGCCGGACAGAGAAAAUAACUGAGAUGCCUUCUUGAAUAUUUUGUAAUAUUGGUCUUGUUAAUAUAGCCCUUCACCCCCAUUUGCUCCCCAUCUCUCCCCCCCAAUAUGUAUAUAUACUUACUGUGUUGCAUCUUAUUACUUUGGUUUCAGACACAGUUUUGAGUUUGGCUGCAUUUUUGGGUGGCACCUGUAAUGUAUUUUAUUGGUAUAUAUAUAAAUAUAUAAAUAUAUAUGAAUAUAAAUCUAAUGCUUUGGAGGCUAACGUCAAAAAUCCAGAGUCAAAGUAUUGAUGUUUGGAUUUUUUUUUUUUUUUUACUUUUUAGGGACAGAGACUUAAAACAUUUUUUGGCUUGGCCAGAGCCGUGCUGUAGCAACAUAUGUUGUAGCAGAACGCUGAACAUUUACAGACCAAUUCUUUUCACACCUACACAUUCAUACAACACACACACAGCCGAGCCAGUCCUCACACAGAUUUAGUUCAAUCUAUUGAGCCACUUACAAUUUCUCCUGUUAAAGUUUCAGGGGUUCAAAGGUCACACAUGAUUAUAUAGCUAAAAAUCUCUGUGAUGUAGCUCAUCGACUCAGGUUGACAAACACACACACUAAAUACCAGGAGCCAUUCUUUUUUUUUAGCAUGUGUGUGUGUGUUUGUUUGAACUGGAGCUUAAGCUGGCAGAAAAGACACAAGUACGUUUCAGUGUCUUCUGUCUGCCGAGUGCCAAAGUCCUUCACUCACUUGGUUACGCAGCUCUGGAGUCUGAGACCAUGUUUAGACAUUCAGUACACGAAAGUUAUUUCACUGUUCAAGGAUCAGUAACCAACACACUGCUGCACUAUAACAGGAAAUUGAGAAAGAAAUACACAUUUUUUUUUACAGCAUAAAGCAAAGAAAUGUGAGAAGAAUUGGUCAAGCUUUCAUGUUGAAUCUAAAAUUACUUUUUAUUUUGAGGUCUGUUACAGUAUCUGCAGCAAUGUUGAACAUGUUGGCAAGCCAAAUCACAAUCACAAGUAACUCCCAUUACUGUAUCAAAGAAAUCAGCAAAUGUUAUAUACCCAGCAUAUUUCUUUUUCUUGUUUACAGACGCACGUCAGUAUUUCUAGUUGAUUGUAUUGAACAUUUCUUUUCCGUAAGGGUGUCCUUUGCCUGAAUUAACCCUCAUUUCAAUUCUUCUAUACCAGCCUCACAUCAUUUCGCUGUACCGUCACACUUUUAAAGAAUGAUUUUUUUCCCACCAUGAACACUGAUGCCGAAGAAUGUCUCUUUUAAUUAAUGCUGUUGCUAACAUGUUCCUCAAAAAUGGAUACAUUGUUACUUAAAUAGCAGAGGUGUGCCAUGCCAUGUUUGCUCAGAUUUUUUUUUGUCCUGUGAGGACGCAAAGACUUGAAUUACAGUGUUUUAUUUUUUCAGAUAAGGUCACAAUUGAGGCCAUGCCCUCAAUUGUGACGAAUGAUGUCAGUUAACCGCAGGGCUUCAGGUCAGUCAUAAUGUCAACUCGGUCAGCUCAGGAAAUGACUGACUCCAGGAUUGUUUGAAUUUACAAAUUGAACACAUUCAGCUUGAGUUCAUGUCCGAAGCUGACUCACAGUCAAAUGGUUUUACUCCCACCAGAGGAGGACUCUGAUAUCAUGCUUCGCCCAGAUUUUAACAGAUUUUAAUGCCAUGAUAUUAAUCUUUUAAGAAUUCUCAAGCUAUGUCAAUCUUUUUUAAUGUAGAUUUUAACUGAAAACCCCUAUUAUUGUACAUAAUUUGCAUCAUACACUAACAAUCUAAAUCACCUAACAGUCCUGUGUUUUAUGACAUUUCUUAGCAGAAAGGAGCACAAUCAGUCCUUAUUUAUUGAUAGUGGAAAGUACAUGCUGAUAUUUUACGAAGGGUGAUUGCGUCAAUGUUGAUUGUUUGAAUACUCAUGCACUAUUUGCACCAAAAGCAAAGCCCUUAAAGAUACAGAACCAAAUGAGAGAUGAGGUCAGAAGAAUGAUUUGGCCUUGAUAUUGGAGUAUAAGAAAUAUAUUUGAACUGAAGCUCUUCAGGUCUCAAAGCUCUGGGGUAAACUCCUUAUAGGGACUUAAAGUAGCAGAUAUUUUAAAUGACCAGUCACUGAAACUGUUGGAUGUUGUGCAUCAUCAUUUCAGGUCUUCAUUCGUUCCAAAGCAUCACAAGUGCCCACACUAUUAGUUUGGUGCCAUUAUGUUCUUCAUGACUUUGUCACUUAUUUGGUCUUAUAUUAACAGAGGAGGAGUUGCUAUUUGUUUGGCUAUUCUGUCUGUGCUUAAAUUACAUGGGUGUGUGUUUGGAUCAUGUGACUGUGUCUCACUGCAGUUUAACAGCAGAAAGCGACACUGUGCCAACCCAUGAGACCCACUAGUUUGCUAUUAUGGUGAAUUUUUAAAAAAGUGCCUCAGUGGUAGGUUUUCCAAAAAAAAAAACUUUACAAAAUGUGGUGCAACCAUCGUAAAAGCUGUCCUUUGCAUUUUCCCAACUCACAUGUGUUUCCUCAGCUAUCACCUGCAGACAGAUGACAAACCUCUUUGACAAAUCAAUAGGGCCAAAACUAAGACUGGGUGAGUCAUCCUUCCUUUCACAUUCCCUCUAGUCAUGUGGUCUUUGUGCAGAACAAACUAACAUUGAGGUCACUUUUUAAUUUUUUUUCUUUUUGGCUAUAUUUCAUUCCAUAUCACUUAAAUGUGGGAUCCAUGACAAGUAAUCAAUUGUGGGUACCCAAAUGUUUGGCAGAAAUACGUAUUUUUUUCCCCACAAGAAAUGGAAUUGCAUCUUUUAAGCAUUGUCACAAAGGGAAACCAGACAGUUGUCCCUGUUUCACAUCCCUUGGAGCGCUUUAACACCCUGGAAAAUUAAAAUACGUCUCCAUUUCUAGAGCAUCGGACUUGAGGAAGACAAGAGUCCAAAUUCGCUCUUCUUUUCCCCCUUUUACGUGUCCUUUAUGUCUUCUGUCCACUCACAGCUGUCCACUUCCUUUUCCUCUCUUACUUUGUCCUCUGACCAUUUUUUCCCCAGUGGUCACUGCCCACUCACUUUUGUACAUAAUGUAAGGUUAUUUAUAUUUCAUUCCUGUCUGCUGCCUUGCUUAUUAUAUUUUCUUCUCCCCCCUUGUUAUUUUUUUUUUUUUUAAAGAUGUAUAUUGAACUGUAUCGGGACCAUUUUGAAAUGUAUUAGAGAUGUUUUGUUUUGGCCAUUUUUAAUUUGGUAUAAUUGUCUUAAGCAAAUCCUAUUUUUUAAUUUGCCAAUGUUUGUUUCUAGUGUUUUGUUAUUCAACAUUUGAAUAUAUGUAUAUAUAAUUAUAUAUAUGAUAAAAUUAUAUAUAAUUAUAUAAUGCCAAAUGGCCUUUCUAAGCAAGAUACUGUUCAAACCUAAUAAAGUGCUUGAGAUUUUA